AUGCACGUUGCCCGCUCCGCGUAUCGCCAGCUGCUACGCGUCGGCAAGGAGGUCUCGGACAGGUACGCUGACCCGAAUGACAUGUGCUUUGCGCUCUUUGGCGUUCUGGUGAGCCGGCACGACUUCAUCAACGCCGGCUACGGCAGCACCUUCCCCGCUAUUCUGCGCACCUGCUUUCUACGUCCGUCCAUCACCGGCUACCCGCACGACACGGCGAGCGCGCGCACGAGCGCUGCCUUUGAUGCCCUUCGGCGGCUGAACGAGCUGAAGGCGUCCAAUGCGGCCUUCCGCAUUCGCGAGCUGCGGCGGGUCAUGUCAGACGCGGCAGACCAGGGUAGCGCUAGCACCGUCGCAGCCGCAUCCGCAUCGACGGAUGCCACCCCCACCCCCUUGCCCUCAUCCGCAGCUGCGGGCCAAGCAACGGCGCCGUCCUUGUCAUUUGCGUCGCAGGGGAGGACCCACACCACCGCUGUGACGUACCCGCUCGACGACGAAGGCGUUCACCUCAUCCGUGGCAGCGUCCUGAUCGAGCGCUCCUCGCGACGCCGCAUCCAGAACUUCACGCGCCACUGUGUCGUGUGUGAGCCAAUCAACAUGGCCUUCCCGCCAUACCGCUUCUGUGUUCCGCCGGAGCCGUCCUACUUACUCGCCGUGCGCAGCGAGUUUGCCCUGUACGCCAUCACCGAUGUGCUCUUGGCGCUCUCGGCGACGAGCAUCUUCAAUGCACAUCGGCAUGCCUACAUGUCUCAUCAUCAGCAGCAGCAGUCCGCCGAGAUCGGUCAGUCGUUGACGAACAGUGGCAUUCGCGUUAGCGGCGGUGACGAGGUGACCGAGGACGCGCCAUCAAGGCAGGAGGGCGCUGGUAACAGCAGCAGGAGGGCGAAGGGCGUCGCGGUUGCGACGGCACCGCUACUGAAGACGCGCCGGUUUCCCACCACACGUGAAGAGGUGCAGGAGCUGGUGCGCCGAAUUCCGACCCGGACAGUGAUCCAGACAGACGUGCUUGAGGUGGAGAUUACGACCGAGUACGUCUGCUCUAACCCGUCGGCGGCAACGGCAGCAUCGCCAUCGGCGGCCGAGCAUCUGGCCAAGCAGAGCAGGGAUGGCGUGUUCUCGUCGACGACGCCGCUGAAGCAAGGAGCGGCCGCUGACGGAUGUGGUGGCAGCGCCUCCGCCAGGACUGCGGUGCAGGGCGACGAUGCCAAGGCGUACUUGUUUCUCUACUACGUCUAUAUCCGCAACCGCGGUCCGUUGAAGAAUCCCAAGAGGUGGCAUGCGCAGGUGCUGUCGCACCACCUUGUUGUGAUUGACGCGGCACAGGCACAAGUACUGGAGAUGGGUCGACCUGGCGUUGUCGGCAACUUUCCACUGCUGCAGCCGGGUGCGUCGCACUGCUUCGAGAGCGGCGCGACCCUUUCCGGCCCGGAAGGGUUCCUCCGCGGCUCCAUCCAGGUAAACCUCUUCAACGACGCGGGUGAGGUGAUGAUGCUCGACGCGGCGAUCGCGCCGACACGGCUGACGGUGGAGGUGACAAGCGCCAUCGGCUUCACCUCUUCCAAGAACGCCAAGGAGGAGCUCGUGCAGCGGAACCGGGACCCGUCAGCGCAGCCGCCGUCGGGCGCACGCGCGCCUGAGGAUGGCGCCGAUCGGGAGGGAAAGCACUCACUCUCCGCGGACGGGGCCGCCGAGGCGUCGGAAAACGACCGCGACAGCUCCUCAAAGCCGAAGGGUGGCAAGUAA